UCUGCAGUGCGCACUCGCGCCUGGAAGCCCCGCCCCAGAAUUGCGCUGAAUGCGGCCGCCGUGAGAACAAGGCUCCGCAGGCCGCUGGAGAGUCGCAACCAUGAAGCUGAAGGAAACAAAAUCAAGGCCAAAGCCAGCAAGCCACAGAAAAUUUCAGACAAAGGGCAUCAGAGUUGUGGGAAAAUGGAAGCAGGUGAAGAUCGACCCAAAUAUAUUUGCAGAUGGGCAGAUGGAUGACUUAGUGUGCUUUGAGGAACUGACAGACUACCGGUUAGUCUCCCCAGCUGAGAAUCCUUCUAGUCUCUCCUCAAAGGAGAAGCCCAAGAAGAGAAAGGCUCCAGCUGUUUCAGAAGAGGAGGAGGAAGGAGAGUCUAGCCCUCCAAAGAAGAUCAAGUUGAAGAAACGUAAAGAUGCAGUGCUGGUUGCUGAAGGAAGUACUGGCCAGAAUGAAUUUGAAGUCAAAGAUUCUGAGCCAGAGACUCAGGGAGAUGCUGUCAUUCAUUCUGAUCAAAAGAUAGGAGAAAUGGUACCAGAAAGCCUCAUGCAGACUGUUCCAAAAAAGAAGAAAAACAAAGGGAAAAAAAGAUUAGACCCUUCCCAGAGCACUGCUCCUAAGGUGCCCAAAAAAGCCAAGACGUGGAUGCCUGAAGUACAAGACCAGAAGGCAGACGUGUCAGCCUGGAAGGACCUGUUCGUGCCCAAGGCCGUUCUCCGAGCACUCAGCUUUCUAGGCUUCUCUGCACCCACCCCAAUCCAAGCUCUGACCCUGGCUCCUGCCAUCCGUGACAAACUGGACAUCCUUGGAGCUGCCGAGACAGGAAGUGGGAAAACUCUUGCCUUUGCCAUCCCAAUGAUUCAUGCAGUCUUGCAGUGGCAUAAGAGGAAGGUAUUGCCCAUCCCGAGUAAGACUGGAGUGCCACCAGGGGAGACCAGAACUGAAGCUGAAGCUGAUCCUGGAUUACCACACAAGGGCGGAACUGAGUCUGGAGUGUUGCCUGAGGAGGCCAGAAUUGAGAAGGAAGCCCUGCCUAGUCAGGCUGGUGCCUCUGUUUCAGAGCUGGCACUGCCCUUCUGUGAUGAUGCUGGUGAAGGGCCUUCUUCCUUGAUGGAGGCAAAGCUUGCCUCCAAGAGGAAUGAGGAUGAAGAGAAGUUUGAAGAAGAGCAGACCGAGAAGUUAAAACAGUUGUAUGACCAAAUCGCUGCCAAUAAAUUACACCCACGGCGUCCUCUGCUGGGACUGGUUCUGACUCCUACUCGAGAGCUGGCUGUCCAGGUCAAACAACAUAUUGAUGCUGUGGCCAGGUUUACAGGAAUUAAAACGGCAAUUUUGGUUGGUGGAAUGUCCACACAGAAACAACAGAGGAUGCUGAACCGACACCCCGAGAUUGUGAUCGCCACUCCUGGUCGGCUCUGGGAGCUAGUUAAAGAAAAACAUCCUCAUUUGAGAGAUCUUCGGCAGCUCAGGUGCCUGGUGGUGGAUGAGGCUGACCGGAUGGUUGAGAAAGGCCACUUUGCUGAGCUCUCUCAGCUGCUAGAAAUACUAAAUGACCCCCAGUACAAUCCAAAGCGACAGACCCUUGUUUUUUCUGCCACACUGACGCUAGUACACCAAGCUCCUGCUCGAAUCCUUCAUAAGAAGCACAUGAAGAAAAUGGACAAAACUGCCAAACUUGACCUUCUCAUGCAAAAGAUCGGCCUGAAGGGCAAACCAAAAGUCAUCGAUCUCACAAGGAAUGAGGGUACAGUGGAGACACUGACAGAGACCAAGAUCCAUUGUGAGACAGAGGAGAAAGACUUAUAUCUGUACUACUUCCUGAUGCAGUAUCCCGGCCGCAGCCUUGUGUUUGCUAACAGCAUCUCCUGCAUAAAACGCCUCUCUGGGCUCCUCAAGGUCCUGGAUAUCAUGCCACUGACCCUGCAUGCCUGCAUGCACCAGAAACAGAGGCUCCGAAACCUGGAGCAGUUUGCCCGUCUGGAAGACUGUGUUCUCUUGGCAACGGAUGUGGCAGCUCGGGGUCUAGAUAUUCCUAAAGUUCAACAUGUUAUCCAUUACCAGGUACCCCGCACCUCAGAGAUUUAUAUCCAUCGAAGUGGUCGAACUGCCCGUGCUACUAGCGAAGGCCUCAGCUUGAUGCUCAUUGGACCUGAAGAUGUAAUCAACUUUAAGAAGAUUUACAAAACUCUCAAGAAAGAUGAGGACAUCCCACUGUUUCCGGUUCAGUCCAAGUACAUGGAUGUCGUCAAGGAGCGGAUCCGUUUGGCUCGGCAGAUUGAGAAAGCUGAGUAUCGGAACUUCCAGGCUUGUCUGCACAACUCUUGGAUUGAGCAGGCGGCGGCUGCCCUCGAGAUUGAGCUAGAAGAAGACAUGUACAAAGGAGGAAAAGCUGACCAGCAAGAGGAGCGUCGGCGACAAAAGCAGAUGAAGGUGCUGAAGAGGGAGCUGCGCCAGCUGCUCGCCCAGCCAUUAUUCCAAGAGAACCUGAAGACCAAGUACCCCACACAGUCUGGCAGGCUGCCCCUGCCAAUGGUGGCCCCGAGGAAUGGCGAGUCUGCACUGAGCUGCCUGUCCAAACAGAAAAGGAAGAAGAAGAAGCCAAAAGAACAUCAGGAACCGGCACAGCCAAGUACAAGUUCGGGUUAGCUGCCCUUGGUCCCAGAAUGGAGGCGGCUCAGUGCCUGCCCUCAGAUGUCUGCGAAAACCUCCCCACCCUGCUGCUUCACGCCACCAUCCACCUAGGAGAAUUUCCCACUCUGCCACCCCAUAGCAAGAAAGAACUCCUGCAGACUUGUGUUGUGGAGUAAGAAUUCUCCCUAGCUGCUACAUCUCUUUUGUCCACUACAUGCUGGCUUCUUGUGUGUUCACCUUGACUUCCUGAAUUAAAAAGUGGUGGGAACUGGAA